AUGCAGCAGAGAGCCUUGAGUUCUUUCCGAGCAACAAAUGAUCACGAUCAUUGCAACAUAAUGAUCUUCAGCACUCCAACACAAGAACCACGAGGAAGACGCUCUCCACCAAGCAGAUCAUCAAUAUUAAUGGACGAUUCCAACGCCGGUCUUCUUCCAAUUUCCGAUCCUCGUUUCAGCACAAAGAAACGAGAUCACAAUUCGCGCUACAGAUUCGCCGAGAGGUGGAUUCAUUUGAUUCCUUUGAUUCUGCUCCUCAUCCUCUUCAUUCUCUGGUGGUCCUCUUAUCCAGUGAAUAUGGUGAUCAAGGAUGGAGCAAUUAGCGCAGUUUAUACAAACGACCAGUUUCCGGAGGCGCCGAAGUACAUUGAUCAUGUCGAACUUGCCGUGUUAGGAGAUGCCGGAAUGCAGAUUGCUUCGAGUCCUUUGAAUGUAACCAGCAUUGGCGAUCGAGAUUUACGGAUACCGAGUAAGGUUGAUUGA